AUGGAGGUUUGUGAAAGGCUGACGAUCUCAAUCUAUCACUGUUCCCCACCGCUGCCCAAGUGAAGUGCCAAAGGAGAGGCAUUACGACAGGCCUCUGGGAUGACUACUUCUGUGCUACACCAUUGAAAAACUGAAUAACACUGGAAAGUAAGGUAGCGCCUAGGGACCAUAGGCACCAUAACCACUUAAUUGAAUGUGGUUAUGGUGUCCAGAGUGAGGCUUUCAUCUACUUAGCAAUAUAUCUUUAUGAAUAAACCCCACAGGGUAUGUCUGAUUUCUUCUUCUUCAUUAGCUUAGGGCCAGCAUGAGCAUGUAUUUAGCAUUAGAAUUUUAGCAGUUUGGCAUACGGUAAUGAGGUUCUCUAAAUAACUAAUUAUUGAUAUUGUAGCUUAUUAUUACACAAUUUGCCCUGGACACAGAAACAAGACCAUACAAUGCAUUAGGCAGAAUUAAAUGGGCAACAAUCAACAGCAGCUAUGUCUUUUUGAUAAACAUUUGCUUAGUAAAAAUAAAAUAUUCUAAUCCUAGUCUCACUUUAUUAAGAAACUCCAAACUCCCACCAUUGGUAGGGUUAUUGUCCUGGUAAUUAGCUUUAUCACUAUGCUAAUUUGUUUUCACUGGGAUUCAAACCAACCUACAAAAUCUCCCAUUGGUUGCUUUGACUUUCAACUCCAUAUAAAUUACCUUCAGCAGUCAGGUAGACAAUAUAGCAUUCACCAGUCUGAAGCAGAGAAUCACAAAGUGAACAUUGGACUCAUCCAGACCUUUCUAUGUGGCUUAUUCUAGUGAUUGGGUCAACCCUGCUUUUGGGAUUACUAAACAUUUGAAGAGAAACGCCAGUAUUCUGAAAGUAAGUACAUAUAUACUAAUUGUAGUUAGGAAACUAUGACUUUUCUUGAAAAAUCUUUUUUCAUAAAUAGGUCAAUUUACAUCUCAAUUUUGGAUGUGUGCAGGUAAUAUGACAUAUCUGUAUAUAUAUAUAUAUAUAUAUAUAUAUAUAUAUAUAUAUAUAUAUAUAUAUAUAUAUAUGUGUGUGUUUUUUGGCCUCUGGUCAACAGGUUGAUUGAGAUGGAGUGUUUUGUAUGAUGUUAUUAGUUGCUAAUUUUUAUUUUGCAAUAAAUAGUUGGGAUUUAUUUUUCAUAAUAGAGUUUGGAAUGGGCAUGCAUCAUUUUAUCUAGUUAUUUUAAAUCAGGCAAGAAAGUCUAUCUUUCCACGUAUUGUAUCCAUUUGUUCCACAGGGUAAAGAAGUUAUUCAUGAAUAAAAUUAUUGUUGAUUUAUAAAAUGCAUUGGCUUAUACUGUAGCCAUAUUAUUUAUUUAGUAUUAUUUUAACUGAACUAGAAGAUAAAACUGCAGAUUUAGAACAGUUUAAAACAUAAAAUGCUAACAAUAUCAUUCUGUUUCAUUACUCUGGGAUAAAACUGAUAACUAUUUUACAACAUUGUAAUAUGAUAUAAAAGUAAUUUAUUUUAAUUUACAACAUAACUUUAUAAAAUACAAUAAAAUGUUUGUGAUAGAACAUUGUCCUGCUUUGACUAAAAAGAGCAAAAUAAAUAAAUACAUAAAUAAUAUCGCCAUGCCCAUGGCAAGCCUAGAUCAUCACAGAUAAACAGAGAGUUUGUAUAAUGAUAUAUAUGCAUACAUAAUCAGGUUUACUAACCAUUUCUUUUCUUUUAUAAGUAUAUCAUUUAAGUUUUUUAUGCUGACAUAAAUUUAAGAUACAUGGUGUAUAAUUUGAAAAAACUAAUUUAGAAGAAGAUUAAAUUCAAAUAUCUCUAAGCAGCUGACUAGGAUACUUAAGCAGUUUUUGGACAGUAGGUAAAGACUGAAAAUCCAGUUCAUAGACCUGUGAUAGUGCACGCCAUUCAGUUGGAUUGUCCAGUUUCUGCCAAAAGUAACAGAUAUGAAUGUUGUAAAAUUGCACAAACAGCCAUUUUGGCCCCUUCUUCCAAAAAUCCCAAUUAUCAUUUUUAUUAUCAUCAUUUGACUUCACAUGAAUUGUCUACAGCAGGUCCCCCCAAGAUGUUGAUGGCCUACAAAUCCCAUAAUUGUUUAAAUCAUGUUCAGCACCAUUUGGAUGGGCAAUGUUUUGAGAUCUGUGGUCUACAGUGGCACACAUGGAUUGCUAUAUUAGAGUGUUUAUUUUAUAUAGUAUCUUGCUAUUAAUGUCUUUGUUUCAUUUUUAUACUGGUGAUUAUUAAAUUGUAAAGAGAUUUCAAGUGGUUGUGUUCCUGUGUUCUGUUUGGCAUGUGAUUGCAUGUGUGCUAUAUGCAAGUACUUAAAUUUAUUGCAAUUAUUUCUCACACGGGUCACUUAGCACUCCCACUGAUAUUUCUUUAAAUAGAUUUAAUAUUUAUGUACCAGCAAGUCCUCUGCGUAGGAGGUGAGAUUUAGCUUGGGCUCUAUGACAUAAUAUUUGUGUAGCUAUUGAAUGCCUGAACCUAGUUACAUGUAACUCAGUAAUUGCUAAUCUUGUCACCUGUGUUAUUUGAAAUCUACAUUUAUUUUAAUGCUCAGCUGUCUUUAGAAUGGACAUCUAAAGGCUUGGUACCCAGCUCUUGGUAAACUACAUCUAUAGCAUUAACAACUAUAGACCAGGUCUGGCCUUGAGGUGAAUAAGUGAGGCCCCCUUUUUUUUUUUUUGGUUCUGAUACGUAUCUGGUUUUAGAUUGUUUUAUAAAUUAUUUGGAGUUUGGGGCAGUUUAAAAAGGGGUCAUUCACUGUUCUUAAUGACUAUCCCAUGACAUCAGCAGUCAAGAUCUGUAAAGUGUAAGUUUUGCGCAUAGACUGACCUUUCUGGUUAGUUUCAUUCAUGCACUCCCUUAGCAAAAAGUCCAGAAAAAUGGUCUUAGCUAAUUAGCCCUUGGUAUUUCCUAAUAGAAAAUAUCCUAGGACAGCCCAGUGGAGAUCUUUAAAAUAAACAAAUGUCUAGCUGUAUUCUGGAGUGAGAUGUUACAACAGGGUGAGGGGGGGGUGGAAUGGAGGCCAGAUGAAUUCCAGGUUUCAAGUAAAUCACAUCACAGGAAAAUACAAAGAAUUUCCCCAUAAAUAAACAAUUUUCCUUUUUUUUGUUAAAAAUUUAAGGCAAUUUAAAAAUUUGAUUAAGCAUUACUAUAACUAAUAUGUAAACUUUCUUUAACUCUGAUAUCUUUUUUUUUAUCUCUUCAGCUUUUAAUAUUUGCUUCAUUUUAAAUUUGAAGAAGCCACUUUUAAAAUAUUUUAAUGUCUGUUUAGGUAUUUAUUUGUGUUUUAUUAGAUCUGAAGUAAUCUGUAAAAAAAGCAAAUAAUGGAAAAUGGCAUAUUAAACAUCUAAUUUUCUUCUUUUUUUUUAAACAGCAAUACUAUACCUGACAAUGGCAAACAGAUACCUUUUGUUUAUCGCAUUGCUGAACUUCAUGAAAGCUGGUUCCACUCAGAAUCUCACGACCUCCCCUCCGGGCUUGCAGAACAUCUCGGUUGUGCCAAAAGGAUGUGGACAUGAUAUCAAAUCAAUGUACUUUGUACUUUGUGAUAUGAAUGCAGCAUGGGGAAUUAUAAUAGAAGCCGUGGCAGCCUUAGGAAUUGUUUCCACCUUUGUGCUGAUAUUGAUAUUUUUGGCAUUGGCUCCAUCAGUUAUUCGGGAUGAACGUAAAGGUUCCUUAGCCAUUAAUGCUAUGUUUUUAGUAGGUGUCUUUGGCCUUUUUGCUUUAGUUUUUUCCUUUCUCAUUGCACCUACUGCUGUGGUAUGUGUGUGCCGCAGAUUUUUAUUUGGAGUGCUAUUUGCUAUGUGCUUUUCAUGUUUGGUGGCACAUUCAGUCAGGCUUAACUACCUGGUGUUUCAAAAUCGUGGACCUGGUGGGUGCUGGAUAUUUUCUUUGGCCCUUGGACUUUUCAUGGUAGAGGCUAUAAUAAAUGUAGCGUGGCUUCCCAUCACAAAUGUACGUCACAAUCUUUUGUCUCCAUCUCUGCCUGACAGCCCCUGUAAUAUUACCAACCAAGACUUUGUGACUGCAUUGGUCUAUGUGAUGUUCCUCAUACUGGCCUCACUAUUUAUUCCUUGCCCAGUGUUCUUUGGACAUUAUCUACAAUGGAAGCGCCAUGGAAAAUACAUUGCUUUAACAGCAUUUUCUUCUCUUGUUAUCUGGAUAACGUGGAUUGUGAUGUACAUUUAUGGAGUUGAACAAUUAGGUUACAUGAAAAAUUGGGAAGAUUUUAUCCUGGCAGUUGCUUUAGUAGUAAAUGGCUGGGUGUUUGUUUUGUUUUACAUUAUCCCAGAGCUAGUAGAAAUGACCAAGACCGGUUACCAUUAUGAAGAGGACAACCUAAACAUAAUGAAACGAUUCUCUGUGUCUCCACCAGCCAUUAUGAUUGAAGACAAGGCAUUCUCUAUGGAUAUUCCAGACGUUAAUGAGGAAAUCAACAAUAAAAAAACACAAGGUAAAUUUUGCUAAUAAUAAUCUUUAACAGUUCUGGGACUCUUCUUGUUAUCUGCCCCCACUAUUUCUACUUUUUCUAGGGGUAAGGUUAGAAUAGUAAUUGAGUGAAGCUAAACUAGUUCUUAAACCUAAUUUUAAACCUCACCAUAAUCCUGAAUGUCCUCUUAUCUGCCUUCCACUAUUCAUUUUCUUGGGGUUAGGGGUAGAAUAAUAAUUGAGUAAAGCUAACGGUUAAACAAUUUUAAAACAGUUAAAAUUCGAUACAUAAAAUUCAAAAGAAAAUUAGGGUUAGGAACUAAUUUAGCCUCACAGAAUUAUUAUUCUAACCAUAACCCUAGAAAUAGUACAAAUAGUGGAGGACAGAUAACAGGAAAACCCUAGAAAUAAUCAUAGAAAAAAUGGAAGGCUUCAAUAUAUAAACAGCAAGCCCUCCAUGCUCGUUGCAUGUAAAAACAAGAAAAGUAAGGGAACAUGUUAAAAAAAUACAAAUAAAGACAUAUAAAAGUGGCUGGGGUUGGCCAUAAAGAUGUUUUUCUUACGUAAGCAAGCAACGAGCCUUGAGCACAUCCUGGCAGAGAAUAGCAGAACUGAAAGCUUAUUGUACUUGUGAAGAUGUUAGUUAUUGGCAAUUUAUUCAAUAUAAUUCUAAAUAUUCUUUUUUAUUUCUUUCCAAGGCCUUUCAAUUUCUCCUUAUAGCAACUACACUGGAAUUUAUCCUACGCUGCCUUUGUACCCAUCAGUAAGUAAACACCUUUAUCUAAGUUAGCACAUACUUAGUUCUUAUACUUGAAAAAAUUACAAUAAUGUGUUAAUAGCUUGGCUUCUAUUAAAUCAAUAUAUAUUUUCCCUAGGAAAUGGAAACAGUAAACCACAUCCACCUACCUAGAGUUUCGAUGGAACCAUGGAGCUAUCAUCUGUAG